AUGAAUUUAACAGAAAAUCAAAUUGAAAAAUUUCGUUUAACAUUUUCUGUUUAUACAAUAGGUUUUGCUACUCCUAUGUUAUUUGAUGAGCAUCAUCGUCCUUUUCUGUUAAUGUUAGAACAAUUUCAAUUAAGCAAAGUUUUAGAUGCAUUAUUUUCUGCUCUUGAAUGGACACUUAAUAUAAUAAAUCGUCAAUCAUUAACAAUAGAUUAA